AUGAGGGAGGAAGCUGAAGAGUUUCAUUUUGGUCAGAUUGAGUUUGAGGUUCCUGUGGGAUAUCCAGUUGGAGAUGUCCAGUGGGCAUGUAGCAGGCGGCCCUGGCACGUGGCCGCUCACCGCCGGGAAAGCAGCCGGAGGCCGUGCGGGCGGCGGGUGGCGGGUGCACCAGGCUCAGCCUGGCCCGCCCCCCUCUCCCCAGAGCUCUACGUGUACCAGAGGAGGAGCGCCUGCUGUGAGUUCAGUGGAGCGCAGCGCUUCUUGGAGAAAGACGUUUACAACAGAGAGGAGGUCCGAUUUGACAGCGCCGUGGGAGUGUUUGAGGCUGUGAGUGAGCUGCGGAUAACUGUGAAGUACUGGAACAUCCAGGGGGAGUUCCUGGAACUGAGACGGAGAGCCGUGGACACGGUGUGCAGACACAACUACGAGUUGGACAAGGGCUUCACCCCGAAGCGCAGAGGUGAGGGGCUGGGUCGGAGAGACGGAAGGGCUGGGCUCGCGCAGCAGAAGCGCGGGAGGUCGCUGUCCGGCCUCCGUGCCCCAGUGCGUCCCAGGCGGGGUGCCUCAGUGCACGGGAGACGCCAGGGAAAGCACCGGACUCCCUGCUUGUCGAACGUCCAGCCAAAAGUGCACGUCUCCCCCUCCAAGAAGGGGCCCCUGCAGCACCACAACCUGCUUGUCUGCCACGUGACAGAUUUCUAUCCAGGCAGCAUUCAAGUCCGGAUGUUCCAGAAUGGGCAGGAGGAAACAGCUGGGCUUGUGUCCACCCACCUGAUCCGUAAUGGAGACUGGACCUCCCAGAUCCUGGUGAUGCUGGAAAUGACCCCUCAGCAGAGAGACGUCUACACCUGCCAGUGUGCUAGCUCAGGUUCCAGGGUCUCAUAUGGGGCCCAGGGGGUGCGGCAGCGGAUCGACGCCUCGGCGCCGGCUCCAGGGGGCAGCAGAGGCGAAGAGAUGCGCCGAGCCAGAGGCGCCGGCGCGCAGAAUGGGCGGGAUCAAGAAAUGCGGCGUGAGGGUAGGGAGCCCCAGGAGGGGCAGGGAGCCAGCGAGGGAUGCCAGGGUGCCGCGGCCAGACCUGGACCGAUGGGGCCGACCCGGACGCCUAUCAGGUAG